UUGCAUUAUUAGGUUGCAAUCUUGCUACAAAUGGAGGAGCAACGAAAAUAAACGCGCGACGACGACAGCGACGGCCGCCGUUUUGUUUUCUUUGACGGUUCGUGAAUGAAGUGUGUGCAGUCAUGGCGUCGUCCGAGCCUGCAGUACUUCUGCAGGAAGCCAGAGAUUUAUCCAGUCAAACUUUAAUAAAAGUGAAUGAUGUGCAAGUGAUUUUCAACACGGACUUGAAAACUGCCCUAAAACUGGACGACGAUGAUGUUAUGAAAAGUUAUGUAGAGGCGGUUGCCAAAGCCAAUUUACUAGCAUCACAAAACAUAACAUCUGAUACUGAGUUCAUAACCAUUGAGCGAUUGGAAACAAUUGAUCCUGAAGAGCCAGUAGUGGCUGUUGAUCUUGCCACAACCGUCACAGAUGGUGUAGAGGAGCUUAGUUGUUCCAUAACCACAGGUGAUGAGGAUGGCGGAGAUGUAGAUGCUUUACAGUAUUACGAGACAGAAAUAGACCGCGAUGCCACUGAUCUUGAUCUCACUGAUUUAGACCUUGAAAACUUAGAUUUUCAAACAGAAUCAGCAUGGACAUCAUCCACAAUCAAUCUUCUAAUAUCACUCAGAGGUGAACUCAACCAGAGGUUUUUAUCAGGAAAGAAAAAGUUUGUCCUUUGGGAGAUAAUUGCUCGCAAUAUCAACAAAAUCAAAGGCACAUCUUUUACUGGAAAAGGUUGCGAUGAUAAGUGGAGAAACAUGGUGCACACUUACCGAAAAAAUCUGCUCAAGUGCAAAAUCCAUGGGGUCCAGUCUGUGAAAUGGGAAUUCUUCCAUCAUAUGCAUCAAAUAUUGAACCCUCAUAGUAAAUUGGACUUCAGCCAUAUGGUCGCCCACCUGAAGUUUAAUCUGGCUGAUGUCACCUCAAAAGUCGAUCGAGCUUUAUUAUCUGAAGAUUUAGAUGAGUCCAACUUAAUGGAUAUUAAUGACAGUGUGGUAGCUAUUACCGAGGCAGAAGAUGAUGGGUCCGCUUUCGCAGCUGCCAAUGAGAACAAAACAGAAAAAAAAGAAUGGACCACAGAAGUUUACCUGAUGUUUUUUAUCUUGAAGCACAAGUACAGUAAAGUAAUGAAAGAGCCAAGAAUGAAGUUCAAAGUCUACGCUGAAAUAGCAAAUAAAAUGAACGAUGAAUUUGGGACUGAUCUAACAGCAAAAAGGAUUGAUGAUAGGUGGCGAAAUUGGGUUCAGACGUAUGAGUCAAAUUUGGCCAAAUUGAAUAGUCAAGGAAUCGAAGCUGUCAAGUGGAAGUACUUCGCCAUAAUGGAUGAACUUCAUGGAAGUCAAGCCAAGGAGAUACUUGGAGACACACCAAGGCCUGGAGAAUACCUCGUUAAGCUAUUCAAAACUGGAACAUGGAGAAUAAAAAGGAAGUCUGAUUCUCUCAGUGUGAAUGGUGUCGAUGGAAGUGGGGAAGAGCCUGUUGAGAAUAUGGAUGUAGAUAUUGAUUCGUUCGAGUUAUCUCCUGCAUCUACAAACUGGAGAGAUGAUACCGUAAAGCAGCUGAUUUUCAUCCGUUGCCAGAUGGAGAAACGAUUUAACCAGAAAGGAGACAAAAUCGGUCAACUCUGGGAAAUAGUGGCAGAACGUCUGAGUCAAGCUACAAAUCAAACAUUCACAGCCAAAGAGUGUGAUGACAAGUGGCGCAACUUAUUGGGAACUUACCGAAGAAACCUAGUCCGAGCAAAAAAAUAUGGAACACCAGUAAAAUGGAAUUACUUUUGGAUGCUAAGGAAGUACCUGGGUUACUCAGCCUUACAUCGAAAAAAGUACACCCAUGUGCCAUCGUAUCUUCAGAAGCACAUCAAAAAGGAAACCAAACCAGAAAAGUAUGUAAUUGUAGGAUUAGACGACUAUCCAGAAAACAAUACCGAUCCAAAACCUAUAGAAAAUAGUAAAGAUAGUGAUGAAAAUUUCAGUGUUGGAGAUGAUAUUAGUAAUAUUGACUUUGAGGAUGAUUUUGAUCUUGAAUUUAAUCCUCCAGGUUGGUUCGCCAAUUUUAGUGAAACGGUUGAAAAAGGAUUCCAAAACUUGGAACAGAAAGUAACCUCAUUGCAAGAAUCGCUAGACAGUAUUCGACAGGUCCAAGUGGAACACAGUAAUAUUUUACAAAUUAUUUUAGAAAAACUUGACCCUACAAGGGUGACCACAGCAAGUGUCAGUGAACAGGGUGAACAUCUAGAAGGUGUUGAUGAAGGGGUUGCAGAACUUGUCGCAGAAACUGUUGCUGAGUGAAUCAGUUUUUGCACAUCUAUUCAUAGCUCAUAGGUAAUUUACCAUUUGUUCCUGCCUACUUUAAAGUUAUCUUCACAUUGUUUUUCCUGUCCUCAUUUUGCAAGCUAAGAGCCUUAUAAGCUCAUGUUACCAUACCAUAAAUCAAAACGCAUCCUCCCUAGUAAAGUUCAAUAUUCAACCUGCUCAUCAGUAUUCUUUCAAAAGGGCUUCAUUGGUUUGUUUGCGACCUGUUUUUCCUGUGUAAAGAUUUUUAAGUUUGUCCACCAAUUUGCUCUGAAGCUGUCUUUGAACUUAUUGGGCAAUGAAUUCUUUCUUAAAAGUUGCAAGUAUCCCUUUUACGAUUUUACCAACUUUUUCAUACAUUUUUUACGUCCUGUUUUUUUUUAUUUUAUUUAUUUUUUUAAUUUUUUUUUACAUCUUCACAAGAUCUAGUAAGUCUUUUAAAGAAUUACAGGAAAGCCUGUAUUUUAUUAAAUAAUAACACGAAACCAUAAACUUUGGUAAUUGUAUUCACGGGUAUAAAGGUUCUUGAAAAAACCUACUCUAUGCAAUAAGAACAUUUCUUUAUUUUCUUUUUGUAUGUUGCAUUUGACUUUCAUACUAAGUGUUCUGUGAGGCAGAAACCCAAUAGUCUUUGAAAAAUGAUCAUAUACAUGUAAACUUUGAAUUGUAUGAUGCCAUUCAUAUUAAAGUUCAAAGUAUUGCAGUAUUCUGAUUUUCUUGUCAGACAAAAUCGCUUUUAGAAAGAAACUAGUACUUAGGUACUUGCUAUGAGCCGGAGAGAUUUGGCUGAACCCUCGCUGUAAUGCAACAUGAAACCAUUGAUGCUAAUUUUUGUACCUCUAACGCCCAAAUUUAUUUUUAGAGAUUCGUUUCUCUCAUUCUUACAAAGAAGUGACAAAUACAAGUUUAAGCUUAAAGAAGAAAAAAUGAGGGAAAACUUGUUUGGGAACACCAUGAGCAUACCUGUUAAAACUGUUGCCCCUUGAAAAGUGACAGGUAAGGGGUGGAGUUACAGGGUGUCAACAAGUCUAGAAAUAGUACUGAUUUUUUAAGGGCGGUCCAGAAGUACUGAAAAAGUGCGGAAAUUCCACAAAAAGGUCCAGAAUUUUUUUUGAUGUUUGUCAUUUUUGUCGCAAUUUCAAAUUUUUGAAAUUUUUCUCAGUUCGUCAAAUGAAGGUACUGAAAAAGUACAGAAUUUUUCGGUUGGAAGAGGUACUGAAUUUCUUGAGAAUGUACUGAAAAAGUACUGUAAAAUAACUUAUUUUUGACCAAUCUGUUUUAGUAGACACCCUGAGUUAGGUGAAAGCCCAGUUUAUUACAGUCAUUCAUGAUUAAUUGACUUUGAUGGCUUUGGGUUGUUUGGAUGAACCAAUGUACCUGCGUUAAACCCUCAAACAAUAUCCUAAACUAGUUUCUGACCACGCCCCUCACCUGUCCGUUUUUGUGGCACAGCCUUAAAACUGUUUUUUUCUUUUCAUUUUAAUGUUUAUCAAAAUUUUUGCCCUGGAAACCAUCAAAUUCGCAAUCAGAAGUAAUUGAAGAGUUGGAGUGUGGCUCUUAGUUUUCACUGUACAGUCUUGUAUUUGUUUGUAGACCUUUAAUUUCAUGUUCCAUGUGUAUGAUUAAAAUAUAUUUUUAUCAUUGAAAAAA